ACAGGCUGCUCAGACGUGAUCAAGAAACCAGCGCUCCAGAAGCACUACGCACGUUGUCACGCUUCAGUGUCCUGUCUAGACUGUUCGCAAACAUUCCAGGGUCCUCGUGAAUUCAUGUCUCAUGUAAGGUGCAUCUCUGAAGCGGAGAAAUAUCAAGGGGCAUUGUACAAGGGGCGCAAGCACUCUGUAAGUUGUUGUCGCUUUGUAUCAGUACCUGACAUAACUGAUGUCCCCUCAUCUAGGACUCAUCUUCGCGUAAAAAUGAUAAUAGAAGUAGCGGGGAUAAGCAUGAGAAAUCUCGAGGUGGGGGUGAUGGAGAGGGGCUACUUCAAAGUUGCGAGCCCAGCAGCACCAACACCAAAUUUACUGAAUCAAAGGCGAAGUCUUAUGUGA